CUGAAUUAAAUGUUCAUGUUGCUGUAGAAACAGAGACACAGCGCGGCUGCGCGGCUCGAGGCGCGUGAACGCGGUCCUCUUCUGCGUGUUUGUGACAGUGAGCCGCUGUUAAAGCAUGUCUACUCCGGCGAGACGACGCCUCAUGAGAGACUUUAAGAGACUUCAGGAAGAUCCUCCGACUGGUGUGAGCGGUGCUCCUUCAGAAAACAACAUCAUGUUGUGGAACGCGGUGAUUUUUGGGCCUGUAGGAACUCCUUUUGAAGACGGAACAUUUAAGCUGGUUAUUGAGUUUUCAGAAGAAUAUCCCAACAAGCCUCCCACGGUUCGCUUCAUCUCCAAAAUGUUUCACCCGAACGUGUAUGCAGAUGGCAGCAUAUGUUUAGACAUUCUUCAGAACCGCUGGAGUCCCACGUACGACGUUUCCUCCAUCCUGACCUCCAUCCAGGUGCAUGAUGGUCUCUGUUAGACGAGCCCAAUCCCAACAGCCCAGCUAACAGUCAAGCGGCGCAGCUCUAUCAGGAGAACAAGCGUGAAUACGAGAAGAGAGUGUCGGUCAUCGUGGAGCAGAGCUGGCUCGACUCAUAACGCAGCUACACACCAUUCAUAGGAUUAUUCAGUUCUUUGCAAGUGCAUUUCACAAAAACGUGUGUGCUUAUUUAUUUCUUUUAACUGCAUGACAAGUUAUUGCUAACAAAAUCUGAAUCAUAGUUGUCAGAUUGAUGCAGUUGAAUGCAAAUUAUCGGCAAAGAGUGCAACCCCUAAAUAUGUGCAUCUCAAAGUGCUUCGGUAAACCAUCAUUGAUGUAUUUGACAUGCCUUUAAAUGCACCUGAAGAGCGACUGCGGGAAUCGUCUUUUGUAUCCGUAUCUGACGAUGCAUCUCGAUGCUCGCGUGUUUAAUAAACGAGUGGGUUUUGAGAGAACACGCUUGGAUCACAGCGUUAACGGGGUGUUUUAGUUGAAUUUUUGUGAACAUUUAUACUUCUAAUAUGCUGUAUAAAAGAAAAAUAAAACCUUUUUCAGACUUGGA